AUGUCCGCCCACGCCCUCUCCGACGCCGACCUCCAAACCCUCUCCAGCCAAGCCAUCGCCGCCAAAUCCAAAGCUUACUGCCCAAACUCCAACUUCCACGUCGGCGCCUGCCUCCUCACCACUUCUGGCACAUUCAUCGCCGGCGCAAACAUCGAGAAUGCAUCGUACCCGGUCGGCGUAUGCGCUGAGCGUGUCGCGUUCGGGACGGCUAUUUUCAACGGCCACCGCUCCUUCAAAGCCCUCGCCGUAGCGACAGAUACAAAACCAGGCGCGAGUCCAUGCGGGAUGUGUCGGCAGUUUAUGCGCGAAUUCACGCCACCGAGUUUUCCGAUUUAUAUGUAUGAUGCGGAGGGCAAGUAUAAGGUUACUACGAUUGGCGAGCUUCUGCCGGAUUCAUUUGGGCCGGAUGAUUUGAAUUCUGCGAGGGGUGUUUAA